UCCAUCCACACACUCCUGCCUGGGCGAGGGUCGUGCGCCUGGCUGGCUCCCCGGCAUUACCGAUCAUGUGCAGCGUUAGAGGGGCUGAAGCUGCUGUGGGGUUUGGGUUUUUUAGCUUGAAAUACAGAUUACAGUUCCCUUCCAGCAGCUUUUCCCAAGUUCCUGCAGAUCUAUUCCAAUUAGUCCCUUUCAUUAAGUGGGAAUUGGACACUGGGGCUGGGCGUGCUGCAGAGCAAAGCCACAAGCGUGGCUUCACUGCCCUGGCUCGGCCUUGGUGUCACCGGCUGCCCUGCAGUGAGGACGCGGGCACCAUGAGCAAUUUGCUCCGUGAUUAACGCUGCCGGCACAGGCUGAGGGAUUGUUUCCACAGGAAUCAAACGCCAAGGCACUAAUAAAUGAAUUUAGCAUCCUGGUUCAACUCUAACCACCACCUGCAGAGCAAAGAAGGAUGCCCUGGAAGGAGUGAGUGGUAGGAAACAUAUCCGGGGCAGCGAGUCCCUUGUGGUCCCUGCUGCCACUGUCCUGGUGUCUGUCCAGGGUGGUGGAAGAUGGCAGCUCUGCUCUUCAAGGCUGGGGGAAGGUCGCAGCGCUGAUUGCCUGCACAGCAGAAGAUACUUGUAGAAGGUGCUGGGUCUGGCAGGCAUCUUUCCCAUCAGGAGGCUCCUAUUGAACUUCGAUGGGAAAACCCCAGCUGGUCAGGGAGGGAUUGGGAUGGCAGCCAGCAGCAUCCUGUGGUCACAGCACAGCCCAGGGUGAUUGCAGAAACUGCCCCAUUGUGAGCAGCUUUCACCCCUUCAUCCCUCCUUCCUCCCUCUGCUGGCAGGUACCCGGCGGCAGGGCUGGACGCCAGAGCCCAUGGAGCCUGCCCUGCACCGGCUGUCCCACUACCUGCUGGCCCACUACCAGAAGGACACCCGACCCGUGCGGGACUGGCGAACAACCACCAAUGUGGCCAUCGACCUCAUGGUCUACGCCAUCCUCAGCGUGGAUGAGAAGAACCAGGUGUUGACCACCUACAUCUGGUACAGGCAGCACUGGACAGACGAGUUCCUCAGGUGGGACCCGGCCCGCUUCGACAACCUGACGCAGAUCUCCCUCCCCGUGGAGAGCAUCUGGGUGCCCGACAUCCUCAUCAACGAGUUUGUGGACGUCGGAAAGUCCCCCCAUGUCCCCUACGUCUACGUUGACCACCACGGGGAGGUGCAGAACCUCAAACCCAUCCAGGUGAUGACCGCCUGCAGCCUGGACAUCUACAACUUCCCCUUCGACGUCCAGAACUGCUCGCUCACCUUCACCAGCUGGCUGCACCACAUUCGCGACAUCAACCUCUCGCUGUGGCGGCAGCCGGAGCUGGUCAAGUUCGACCGGAGCGUCUUCAUGAACCAGGGCGAGUGGGAGCUGCUCUACGUCCUCACCCACUUCCAGGAGUUCAGCGUCAAAAGCAGCGACAGCUAUGCUGAGAUGAAAUUCUACGUAGUCAUCCGGAGGCGCCCCCUCUUUUACACCGUUAGCCUGCUGCUCCCCAGCAUCUUCCUGAUGGUUAUGGACAUUGUGGGCUUCUACCUACCUCCCAACAGUGGCGAGAGGGUCUCUUUCAAGAUCACCCUCCUACUGGGCUACUCUGUUUUCCUCAUCAUUGUAUCUGACACGCUGCCGGCUACUGCUGUAGGCACCCCGUUAAUAGGCAUCUACUUUGUGGUGUGCAUGGCGCUGCUCGUCAUCAGCCUGACGGAGACCAUCCUUAUUGUGCGCCUGGUGCACAAGCAAGAUCUGCAGCCCCACGUCCCUGCUUGGGUGAAGCACCUGCUGCUGGAACGAGCCACAGUCCUGCUCUGCAUCCGGGACAGGAAGGAAUUCAGCCAGACCAGGGCACAGAGCUCAGACAUCUCCAGGCAGGUGGAGAGCAAUGACAGCACAGCCAAGCUGAACCACUACGGCUGUGAGGACCCCCAGGAGUGUGAGGCGGUGAGGGCCAUGAGGCCCACCCCGGCCUUUGCCAGCCAGGCGGAUGGCUCCCUGCUGCUGCACGGUGUCCUGCACGAGAUCACAGCCAUCCGCCAGUUCCUGGAGAAAUGCGAGGAGUUCCGCGACGUCGCCCGCGAGUGGCUGCAAGUGGGCUACGUGUUAGAUGUCCUGCUCUUCCGGGCCUACUUGGUGGCCGUCCUGGCUUACACCAUCACGCUGGGUACCCUCUGGUCCGUGUGGAGGGAUGCCUAAGAGGUGCCCUCCUUUCGGGGCAGGGAAGGUGGGGACCCCACACGCUGCCUUGCUCCAGCACCUGCUCCGCAGCUCUGGGAGGACCCAGUGGUGUUUGCUGACCCAGGCUGGUGCAUCCACCGCCUUCCCCCAGCUCCGGAGCAGCAGCACUUGAGCAGGAAGGCAGAGCUGAGGGGAGCCCCCAGGCACCCAUGACCUCUGCACAAGCCUUGCAAGAU